GUGGUUCCGUUUCUUCGAGGCGCGGUUGCGAGGAAAAAACACUUUUCUUCCAUUGGCGAUUACAAAGUUUUACGUUUGAUUCAUCGAUUGUUUUGCGGCUCAGUUUCCGUUGUGUAUCCUCUUCCGUUUGCAAUCCUCUUUGUUCACUGUUAAAGGGACGUGUGCGUGUGUGUGUGUGGGGUUCGAGUGCAUUGCAACGAAAAACGGGACAGAUUGCCCUUCCGUUGGUUUAGGAUUCGAUUUUCCUUCAUGAUUUUAGUUCGAUAGUGCAGAUUGUGCUUACCUUUCUACUGAUUAAUCAUCUUGCCACAAACACACUGAUUGGAGCUGCACACCAGCAACACUUUUCGCUUUCGUUCCACUAAAAUGGCUGUGAUCAUAGUGCACCGUGCCGAAGCUUCGUGAACUGCGUCCCAAAUCGCCCGCUAACAUCGUCGGGGGAGAACAACGACGAUGGUGCGCCGUGUGACCGUCAAUAAAACACUUCCGUUUAUCACCUUACAGCUCACCAAACGAACGUGACGAUCGUGGUAAUCUAUUAGCGUUAAAGUGCAAUGAUAAAUCUUUUACUACAAACUGGACGCCGCGUAUAGUUGCGUCACUCUGUUACGGUCCCGUAAAGCUUAACGAGGAGAGGAUCCACUCUCGGUGACAAGGAACCCGUGUCAAUUACUAGCACCUUUGAUGAGAGAAGCACGCUUGCGCCAGUAAAACGCAAGGUGCGUGCGAUUGUUGCGUUUAGUCAGAUAGUUUUACUAAUUACGGGCAACCAGGGCCACCCGGGGGCGGGGCAGCUGCAAACAUGGAUGUUCCUGCAGAGGAAUGGAUCGAGCGGGCGACCGAGAACAUGAAAAAGUUUCUCAACCGUGGCGGUGCGUGCCGCGGUGAUGAACCGCAAAUGCUGAUCGGUGCGCCACUGCAAAACACGCUCGGUUAUGCGCUCAAUCUGGCCAUGAAAGAUCCGAACACGUGGACGGACGAGGAACUGCAGCUGGAGUACAUGGAGGAGCUGUGCUUCUACGAUGCCGAGUCCCGCAAGACGAUCGACAAGCUGACGCAGCAGAUGUACGGUCAGGGCAGCGUGGUGGCGAAGGAACCCUGCCACCUGACGAUCCUGCCGAUCGAACUAUACGCCGAGGGCAAGCUGUACGAGGUGGCACUGUUUCGGUAUCAAUUUGGGGAUCUGCAAUCGACCGAGCCCAAGUUCGUCGAUUCGUACGGCCGGGUUUACGAGAGCUUCCGCGAUUUUCUGCGCAACAACAAGUUCCCGUCGGCGGAAAUGAUGUACCCGUUGGAGGGCCGUUUGGUGGCCGGCGAGAAGAAAACCGCCCUGUACGGUAUCUGCCAAACGCCCGCCUGGAAAGCGUACUACUUGAAGGCCCUCGAUAUUGCGACGGGCAUUAUUGGUGUUGCCGGAGCCACGGGUGCGAUCUUUCUGUCGGGUGGACUCGCAACACCAUUCGUAGCGGCCAGCAUCGGAUCGGCACUGUACGCGACGGGCCGUUCGAUCGAUGUGCUGCGCGAUAAGAGCGCCCACCAGGAAUCGUUGAACCCAUUCCUUGACUCGGAAUCGCGCACGGCCUGGCUGAGCCUGACGGCGCACGUGCUCACGUUCGGUACGAUGCCACACAUUUCCGCCCUGUCGGGGGUCGCCUCCACCAGCCACAGUAUUGCGACCGGAUUCAAGGUGUGCAACUUUAUCAACGAAACCGGCAACAUUAUCAGCGAUCUCGUGAUCUGCGAUACGCUGUCGGCGAUGCAUUCCAACUUUUACAACGCAUCGAUCGAAACGCGGUUGGCGCACGCCGCCUCCAUCUGCUUCUGGACGAAAACGAUCAUCAGCAUACGGCAGGCGGAGCUGAUGAUGAAGAACAACGCGAUCGUGGCGCUGAAACUGUUCGGCUUCGAAGACCACUUCAGCGAGUACUUUAACAAUGAUUCGCGCGCGAUCGAUAUCGGUCUGCGAAUCGUGAAACAUUCGCUCGCGAACAACGAGCUGAUCGCGUCCGACCCCGACGAUCCCGGUGCGAUACGGAUCGAUGGGUUGCGGUUCACCAUCCGGUCGCUGUUGGCACUCGAUCCGCCGGAAGUGGAGCGGUUGUUCGACUUUCUCCACGGGCUGUGUACGCCGGCCGACCGCCAGCUGUUCGAGGAGGUUCGCGAUCUGGUCAUCGACGGCGAGAACGGUGCGGAUGGGCGGCUAGCUGCGCUGGUACGCCUGUUGGAUGACGAAGCCGAGCGGGAAGGCCUCUCGGCCGCUACGCUCAUGCAGAUGCUGCUCCAAACAUACUCCUUCGUGAGGGAAUGUGAAAAAUCGUUGAACAACAAGUCCCCCGCGGCGGCCACCACGUUCAAACUAUCCCCAACCGAAGGGCUUUGUGUGGGGCGCGGCCUCUGGAUGGGCGUUACGGUGGCGUACAUGGUGUUUGCGUUGAAACGACCCUUUCCGCCCAGCAGCGAUCGGACGGCGGAAGCAGCGGAUGAUGAUUUCGGUAUUUCCGAGUGCGACCGACAGCGUGAUCGCUUGGUGCGCGUCGUACUCGAUCUGUCCGCCAACCAGUGCACGCAACUAACGAAAGCCAUUCGCUGCAAUCCGGACAUUCUGUCUAUGCUUAAACAAGGCGCAGCUGAACGCAGCGGAGCAGAAUCGGACGAUCCGGGGGAUGCAACCGGUACGCAACAACUUCUGUUCGAUCGGCUAAAGCAGGAAAUUUUAGCGGCUUGUGAAGGAAAGUGAUCCGAAAGCAGUACGUGAUCAAGUGAUGAGCAAGAAACAACCAAAUAAGAUACAGAUUAACAAACAAACACACACAUAUCAUGAGUGAAAAUUAUUAGUGAAAGUUGUUAAAGGUAAAGGCUAAGCAGAGAUUUUCUAAACAUCGUUAGAAUUGAGUGAUCAACAAAGAGAGAGAGAGAGGGUAUAGGCAAAUCUAAAUCAAUCAUGUCCGCUUUUGUAGACCGUAAAAAGUAGAACCAGAGGAUGGUCGGUAGUGCAGAAAUGGAUCAACUACAAAACAUUAGCAAUAACAACCACGCAGAACUGCGACCCUAUGAACCGUAACUAAAACAUAUCAUCUUUACUAGCCUCCAGUAGAGCGAGCAGUAGAAACAUACAUAUACAUUCGAGUUUAAAAAUAACGACAAACCGAGACCAUACAUUAUACUUAACCCGCUGUUGUGCUACGAAGCUUACUAGGAACUCUACUAUUGUGACCGAACACGCACACCGAUACAUGGCACACAACACACAACCAACCCUUAAUCGAAACACGGUGCUUCCGUCGACCUUUCUAGUCUUUUCUGGGCUCUUCACAGAAGUACCUUUUACUCCAUUUACGUUUUUGUGGCCCUUUGGA